AUGGGGUGCAGUUAUAAGUGAGGGGAAACCAAGGCAUUUAGCAAAGCCCAAAAACAAUUCCAGUCUGAACCACUCCAGUAGCAGCCACCAGAGGCUUCCGUCGCGCUCACUUCGCCGUAAACGAAUCUCUGUCGUCGGCGCAUCUGAACUCUACUCACUCGGCCGACUAGUUCAUCCUUCUCCUCUCCCAUUCCACUGCAACUCUACAAUGUUUGCGUCGCACUGAACUCACCUCAAUUCGACGCUAACUUUUCAGAUUUUUCAUACAAAUCAAUGGCUUUUAGACGCUGCCUCUUGCAAAGAGGAAGCAACCUCAUAGAUCGUAGGUUUCACCCUUCUUUCAGCUAUGUCCUCCAUAGCGACGAAGGGAAACGCGAUCAGCCAGACGAGAAACCCUCUUCAGCAACAAUCAGUAAUAGUUUUACUCAAACAAGGUCCUUUGGAAGCUCUCUUAAUGGAUCCAUGGGUUUUUUCUCGGGUUUUCGACAUAAGCAAGUUUAUCCAUUCGCUGGAUAUAAUUUCUGCCGGAACAUGUCGACGAUGGAUCAGAAUUCGGAUAAGAUUACAGUAAUGACUGAUGUGGCUGAGGUUCUCACUGACACUUCCGUGGAGACGGUAACUUCCCAGGCUCCUGUUGUUAGCGAGGUUGCCAUUGCUGCGGCUGAUUCUUAUUUGCCUGUACAAGCCUUGCAGUAUGUCAUAGAUGCUGUUCAUUCCUACACUGGGCUAAACUGGUGGUUGGCCAUAGUUCUAACAACUCUCUUGAUUCGAACCGCAACUGUUCCACUCUUAAUAAAUCAACUCAAGACCACUUCUAAGCUUACGCUUAUGAGGCCUCACUUGGAAGCAAUAAAGGAAGAGAUGGAUGGGAAGACAUUUGAUCCCGAGGCUGUUGCCGAAGGUCAGAAGCGGAUGAAAAAGCUAUUCAAAGAAUAUGGUGUGAGUCCUCUUUCGCCACUGAAGGGACUUUUUAUUCAAGGUCCUGUCUUCAUUAGUUUUUUUCUUGCGAUAAAUAACAUGUCUGAAAAAAUGCCAUCAUUCAAGCAUGGUGGAGCUUUCUGGUUUACUGAUCUCACAACUCCCGAUGCCUUAUACGUUUUUCCAGUUUUGGCUGCAUUGUCAUUCUUAGUAGUAGUAGAGUGUAAUAUGCAAGAAGGAAUGGAAGGAAAUCCUAUGGGUGACACAAUGAAAAAAUUCUCGAGGAUUCUUGCUUUUCUGACGGUUCCUUUCACCAUGACUUUUCCAAAGGCAAUAUUUUGUUACUGGAUUACAUCGAAUUUGUUUUCACUGUCGUAUGGAAUGGUGCUUAAAGUUCCUGGAGUAAAGCAAACAUUAGGUAUUCCUGAUUUACCUGCUGCUCCAAAACCCACCAGUUCUCCGCAGUCUUCCUUCUCUAUAUUAUCAGCACUAAAGCAAGCUGCAUCAACUGCAAAUGGUCAAAGCUCAUUGCCAGUUGAAACACCAAAAGAACCAAACAAAAAGAUAUCUUCUUCUGCUGUUAUUAGUCAGAGACUUAGAAGCUUAGAGAAACAAGUAAAAGGAAGAAAGAAAAACAAGAAGUGAUUAAAUUUACUAGUUCCUUAAUUAUGCAAUUAAACAUAUGUAGCAAGUAUGCUUAGAUUUUUUGUCACAUUGUAUUAUUAUCAUGAGAAGGAGUGGAAAUUAGGAGUUUAACUAAGAUAGGGAGGGGGCGAUAGAAUAAAUCUUUUCUAAGGCUUGUGAUUGAUUUUGCUGAGGAAGCUAAAGCCUUUGGCUAACUUUGGUUUACAUUUAUUUAUUCACGGCGUAUAUGGAUAAAAUGCAUGAAGGAUUUAAACCCUGGGUUACAAGCAUAAUUAUUUUUAUACGCUCAACAUUUAGUGAUAAAUAUUUUUGUAGCAUUAACCUAUUA